AUGCCUCUCGAUAAUACUAUCCAGGGUAGUACCAUCGGUGGCCCCACUGCUAUCAGUAAGGGGAAAAAAAGUCGAAAUGGGUGUUUAACCUGCAAGAAGAAACGUCUCAAAUGUGAUGAAACAAAGCCAAAUUGUCUAAAUUGCACCAAGAAGAAUAUCGAAUGUGGCGGAUAUGCCACCAAAUUCAAAUGGAAAUCAUUUAAUGAAGAAAAGUCACACACUAGCAGCAGUACUAAAUCGUUAAAACGACAUCUUGAGUUGGCGAGUUUUUCUGUGACGGGGAAAUCUAUAGAUGAAGUUAAUAAAGAAAAUGAAUUGAUCGCUAAGGGAAUCAAUCCGGAAACAGUAAAAAAUAGUACUAUCAAUAGAUCAAGAACUAAUAGUGUCAGCACAGUCAAUACACAGAGAACAAAAUCGUUUGAUAGAUCUCAUAGCAUACCAAUACCGUCCAAUGAGCAUGCACAGCUUCAGUCUGCGUCUGUUUAUAAAAGUGAUUUGAAUUCUUUGGCUGACGCGGCUAUGAAACAAAUUGGGAAAACCCCUGCAUCUAUGUCCUCAACACCACCAGCAUUAAAAGCCCAUCACCAACACCCAGCGCAAUCUUUGCCCGGUGAUUCUGCCAUUCUGCAUAUGAUGGUAUCACAACCACCACAACCACCACCUCCGUUUACCCCUAAUUUUGAAGCAAUGUUAACGACUGAAAAGCCAACUAUCAAAAGAAAUGGAUUUGGAAAUUUUGACUCUGAAAUCAAUUUGACACCAUCUUUGUCAGCAAUACUAAACUUUGCAUUCAAUCAUGAGGAAGUGGAAGUACCAUCUGUGGAAACACUAAGUCCAUUAACAUUGAAUCACGAAGCUAGAGUAGAUGCAUCAAUGACAAACAACAAACCAAUUACCGAACAAGAACAAAUUUUACAUUUGUUUAAUGAGCAUACUUCGGGUAUUAUGUCGAUUAAGAAUGGAGUUCAUGAGAAUCCAUGGAGAAAUUUAAUUGCACCUUUGGCAACGAAAUAUCCUUGUCUAUUUAAUUCAAUUGCUGCAAUGACAUCAUUCCAUAUGGCAGGUAGUAAUAAUGUGGUGCACUCUCCAGAAGACCUAAGAACAAAAGGGUGGUAUUAUAUGAAAAAAUGUAUUUUCGAACUAGCGAAUGGGUUAUCAAACAAUGUGAAAGAUUUACCACUUGAUGUAGCCCUUGUGACAUGUUUGAAUCUUGCAGUGUGCGAGCAAUGGGAUACACAUACAUCUAGUGGUAUUGCCCAUUUAAAAGGAGCCAAGAGUAUGAUUCAGCAAAUACUAGAGUUGUUAAAAGAGCAGCAACAAUUUAUCAAACAAAAGAAAUUUGAAAACAUUGACUCUAUAUCUUCAGUUGACGAGGAUCAAGAAUUGUUGAUGAAUUUGAAAAAAAAAUUGGUUUUGGUAGAUGAUCUCGAUUACGAAGAAAUGAUUCAUGAAACAAUCAAAUGUCCAGAAAAAUCAGUGGUUAUCCCUAAAUCAAUUCAGUUUAUAUUGAAUAAUUGGAUUUACUUUGAGGUGUUGGCGCAAAUGACUUCUGAUUCAAUGUGUGACGACAAAGGUGUUGAUCUAGUAGCAGCAAUCACCUCAAUGUCCCAGAACAAACUCAAUAAAGAUAAAGAUAGAAAUCCCAAAUCGCCAUCGGAGGCUAGUGAUCUGUCUGACAAAACAUUCCGUUUUUUUGAAACACUUAAUUUGUUAAAUUAUAAUAAUGAAGUUAUUGAUCCGUUGCUAGGAUGCAGUCAAUCGUUAUUUGUGAUUAUGGGUAAAGUUGCUAAUUUGAUCACAAAAAUCAGAAAGGCUAAACAUAAGAGCCAAUCGAAGAAAAGAAAUACUUUAACGACAAUUAGUCAGGCGUCGGAAUUAAAACAAGAAUUGGUUAAUUGGAAGCCUUCGGUUGUAGCAAGUAUAAUGGAUAACGAGAUUUCAAAUGAAUCGUCUACAACAUGGGAUCUACCACUGUGUAUAGCUACUGCAGAGGCAUAUAAGUACUCGACGUUAUUGUAUCUACAUCAAGCUGUACCGGAAAUUCCUUCCUUUUCAGCUCAUGCGUUGGCUGAAAAAAUAUUUAUUUUAUUAGCAUCUAUUCCCACUUCAUCUAAUCUAUCAAUUGUGCAUAUUUUCCCACUUUUAGUUGCCUCGAGCGAAGCUGAGCCAGGAGAAGAAAGAGAAUGGUGCGAGAACAGAUGGAAAUUGCUUUCACAGCGUAUGUGGAUUGGAAAUAUCGAUCGUGCUUUAGAGGUUGUGAAAGAAGUUUGGAGACGUAAAGACGGAUUACAAGAGACAUGUGAGGAUAGAAAGUUCCAUCAAUUGGGUGGUUUAAUGGUAGCAUUGAAUGGUGAUCCCAAUAACAACUCUAAUGGAGGUAGUGGUGGGAACGGCCAUAGUAAUGGCAACCUGGCAUCUAAUACCGUUGAUGCAAACACUAUCGAUUCCAAGACACAUUGGAGCACGGUAAUGAAAGAAUGGGGAUGGGAGGUGCUACUCGGGUAG